ACGGAACGAAACACUUUUCAACGCGAUUCGGACGAAUAAAGUCGGGAGUGUAUUUUAUUGUGUGCAUUGUGUAUAAUUAUUGUGUGUUUCUAUUUUAUUAGGCGAUAAAAGUGUAAAUUUCAAGAAUUAAAUUUGUUGGUUAAUAGCUACAAUAGGUGAUCUAGCGCGAGUGAUCUUGGCAAAGUUCGUUUCGAAGGAGUGCUGUAAUUUUCCACUUCAAAUUUGUGAUUUAUUUGGCUGGCAUUACCCGAGAAGGAAAUAAGUGUGAAAAGUGAAAAUCUGGUGGUUGUUGUGUCACGGCUUUUGCUAAGAAAACCACCAAAGUAACUACCAACUCGUGCAACAAGACCCGCCUCAAGGUUUCUCCGCAUUGAACCAUACUUCCGGCUUGUGUGUUGUGUUUCGUGGGGGGAGAGCGCAUUCGAUGAAUAGUAGCGCUGGAAGAGGUCAUUUCCGUUCAGCCUCCCUGUCCGCGUCCCAUCAUCAACAUUAUUAGAGCGAAGCAGCCAAGAAUGCCAUUAGCCAACUCGGUGGACCCAUGGAGAGAGAAAGUCCCACACAGUAUCGUCGGUAUCGAGCGCACGGCGUGUCUAACUCGAUUUCAGGUCUCCGGAUAGUUUCUUCGUCAUCUCAGGACAAUGUCGAGAUGGUUGUCGAUGAAUCCUACGAUGGCUUGCUCGGUCAACAGGCACCACAGCUCGAUCCGGGCGGGCAGCUGCAUCAUAAUCACCUAUACAAUCAACCGUUGGCCACCAGCGGAAUGGACGUCGAGGCAAUGGACCUGGAUGCGACCGAUGUGACUCUUACGAAGCUGAGCGACGAGCAAGAGUACGACAUUCGGGAUGUGGUGCGCGAGGGACACGAGAAGGCAGACCCGUCGCAGUUCGAACUGCUCAAGGUACUCGGCGAGGGUUCGUUCGGAAAAGUAUUCUUAGUUAGGAAAAUUGUCGGUAAGGAUGCCGGCACACUUUACGCAAUGAAAGUAUUAAAGAAGGCCACACUGAAGGUCAAAGAUCGAGUUCGAAGUACGAACGAGCGCAACAUUCUUGCCGACGUGGGUCAUGCAUUUAUUGUUAAGCUUCAUUAUGCCUUCCAAACGCCGGGGAAGUUGUACCUUAUCCUGGACUUCCUACGGGGUGGAGAUUUGUUCACACGUUUGAGCAAAGAGGUGAUGUUCACCGAGGAGGAUGUGAAAUUUUACCUUGCCGAACUGGCACUUGCGCUAAAUCACCUGCAUGGUCUCGGCAUAAUUUACCGGGACCUGAAGCCGGAAAAUAUUCUGCUGGAUCAGGAUGGCCAUAUAGCUUUAACGGAUUUUGGAUUGUCAAAACAGCCGCUGGACGGUUCGAAAACUUACAGUUUUUGUGGCACGGUAGAAUACAUGGCUCCGGAAGUGGUUAAUCGGAAAGGACACACGUUCGCAGCCGACUGGUGGUCCUUUGGUGUGCUCAUGUUUGAAAUGCUGACCGGAAAUCUUCCCUUUCACGGAAGCAAUCGCAAUGAUACGAUGAACCAAAUCCUGAAGACGAAACUUGGAAUGCCGGAAAAUCUAAGUCCAGAAGCGCAGAGCUUACUGAGGGCACUGUUUAAGCGGAAUCCUCAGAACCGGUUGGGUGUAGGUCCGAAUGGAAUUGAUGAUAUCAAGCGGCACGAGUUUUUUGCCAACGUCGACUGGGAUGCGUUUGAUCGAAAAGAGGUCCGACCGCCAUUUAUUCCGGCCGUUUCUAGGGAUGAUGCAUUCUACUUCGACUCGGAAUAUACAAAUAAGUCGCCAAAGGAUUCUCCAGGAGGACCAGUCAGUGCCAGUGCUCACGAGAUUUUCCGAGGUUUCAGCUUCGUAGCUCCAGGAUUGUAUGAUGAUACACCAAACUUUGCCAACGGGAGUGGCAGUUUGAUGAAUCAACAACCAACAACCCGGUCACCGUUCUCUAAUGAAAUUCCAGGAGUAAAACCAGGUGCUUUUGGUGACGAGUAUACGUUGAUGCAAGAACUAGGCCGGGGAACGUUUUCGAUUUGCAGGCUCUGCGAAAGUCGAACUACAAAGAAACACUAUGCCGUUAAGAUUAUUGAUAAAUCAAGCCAUGAUUGCCGAGAGGAGGUUGAAAUUUUGUUGCGCUACGGUAACCAUCCGCACAUCGUUUCACUGUACGGCGUGCACGAAGACAUUACCUACGUCUAUCUGGUGAUGGAGUUGUUGAAAGGAGGUGAACUACUUGACAGAAUCCUUGCUAUACAAUUCAUGACCGAAAUGGAAGCCAGUGCGGUGCUAAAAACCGUGGUUUCGGCCGUUGCAUACCUACAUGAGCAUGGGGUCGUACAUCGAGACCUGAAACCGUCAAAUUUGUUGUACGCUUCAGCGAAUCAUACACCUGAAUCGUUAAAAUUGUGUGACCUGGGCUUUGCAAAACAACUGCGAGCAGACAACGGAUUACUGAUGACUCCAUGCUACACGGCAAACUUUGUAGCCCCGGAGGUACUGAAAAAGCAAGGGUACGAUUUGGCAUGCGAUAUUUGGUCGCUUGGUGUGCUGCUUUACAUUAUGCUAGAUGGAAAAACUCCGUUCGCAAGCACGCCGAACGAUUCACCGGAUAUGAUUUUGGCGAGGAUAGGUUCAGGGAAAGUGGAUUUGGAAUCGGGGAAAUGGCCCAGCAUAUCGGAGGAAGUGAAAGACCUGCUCCGUCAGAUGUUACACAUUAUCCCGCAACGAAGGCCAACAGCCGCACAGAUUUUGAGGCAUCCUUGGCUAUCUCGAUCACGGCACUUAUACAAUCAAGUCGGAAUGCAGCAGCAGGCCUUGCAGACGAUUCUGACUGCGGACAUGGCAGCUGGACCCGGAACGGUACCAUCUGCGUCAACGGUCUGUACCUUCUGUCCGGCGGACAACACAGAAGCCAUUAAGGGAGCCGUACAUGCCACGUUUCGAGCUAUCUCCUCACCCCAGGCAGCGAACCUUGGACCGGUUGGGAUGUCGGAUUUGGCGAGACGGAGAAAAGACAAAAUGAAUCAUUCGUAAUUGCGGAUGUGUGCGUAGGUGUGUGUGUUUCACAAAUUGUGUGUGAUUGUAUAUCAUGGGUAUUGCGUGUGAAUUAAAUGUGUUAUUUUGUGGCGCACGUUCGGCGGGUGGAUCGACAUCUGCACUCGUCGUCAAGUGAUGUUACUAGUUUUGCGCAGGGAUGAGUUUGCGUAACUAAAUCCGCAUAGUGACUGCUAAUGUGCAUAGUAUUUCAAACCACACAUGGAAGAACACUCUUUUUACAGUCCUUCCUUUGGAACGGGAUUGCUUUCAGUCACAUUAGGAGACAUUUUUUAAUCUAACCAGGAAACUUUAAAAACUAGGCAAAACAUUUACAUUUACAUUGAACAUAAAUGAAGCUUUUAUUAAUCACAGAUGUAAUAAAAUUAUACUUUACUACAAAAAACAUAACUUAUUCAGUUUUGUUUAGAAACCACCAAUAGAGCAAUGUUUGAUAAAAUCAAUAUUAAAUCAAUGCAGCAACACAGUAUAAUUUGGUUUAUCGUAGAUCAAUAGUUGAAUCAGUAAAUUAUUGUAAAAUCUCUAAGUGGCGCUUUUAUAAAGUGCUUUCUGUGCAUUUCUAUCAUUACUGUUAUUAUAUCAGUCUGUACGUGGUUUCUACAUGUUUUGCAGUUACAGCGAACGCACCUUUGGAAGUUAUUUAAUGUCUAAAUAUGAGACCGAACUAUUAAAAACAAAAAAAUCGUCUUUAGUCUGUUGUGCAAGGGAAAAAAAAGGUUGAUCACUGUAGUAAAGCAACACAAAUCUGUCGAAGUUUCGUAUCGGUACUCUGCGCCCGCUGUUUAUCAGUGAUGCUUUUGGAUGUACAACCGCUUCGUCGCUUUAAUUAGACGUACAAAAGAACAAAAUGGAAUAGUAGAACCUAAGACAAAUUUACUUCACAGAAAAUAAAAGUUCAAUUAAUAUUUUAAAGCAUUUACUCUAAGCAAGCAAAGCAACAUUUUUUGUUGGGAAAACAACAAAUAUUGUCUACAAACAGGAACUAACACUCUUAACUUUUCCGACACGUUUGCCAAAACCAUACACACCAGCAGCGGUGAGGAUAGAUAUGAAAAAUAACAAUUAACUAUGUUUACAAUAAUAACCGUGCCAUACAUUGUGACUAAACCUACAAAACAAAGAAAAAUCUUAUUAAAUUAUCAAUUUGGGAGAGGAUUGAGCACCAGUCGCGCAUACUCGGGGUAAUCCGCCGUAGCCAUACAAAGAAGGUCAUAUUCUCGGUGUGUUUGGAAAUAUUUAUUUAGUCUUUUGGAUUCGAACGUGUCAAACAUACUAAUACUUAUGAGGGCAUAGAAGUGAUAUGUGAUAGGCGUGUUAUGUUUUUUUUUAUUGUUUAUUUACUAUUCGCAAAAUAUUGUUUAACUGAUAUGUUUUUAGUGACAAUAAUUUUACAUUGCUUUUACUAGUUUAUCGCAAAUCCUACUGGUACUAGGAAAAGGUAUUAAGUUUUAGUCCCAUUUAUACUAUUUGUUCAAAUUUCAGAAUAGAAAGCUUUUGAAAAGGGCUUAUAAACACAUUUUACUGUAAUUAUCAUGAAGAUUUACAUUUUUUGUAGCAAGUUGAUGAGGAAAGUCGAACAUCAGUAAUAAUUUAGUAAACUUUCAGUACACGUUAUAAAAUGGAGUCUCCCUCUUGCAAAUUUAUGAAAGUAUUUUUUGAUUGCAGUGCGGAUACAUAUUUGUUAGUAAAUGAAAACGCUAAUCCAUAAUGGUAAUAAGUUCAAUGCAUUAUAAAAAAAUCAAGAUAUGAAUAAUAAAGUAUACAGGUAAACAUAUUAGAAAA